CACAAGACGACAAAGCAUCAAGCGUAAGGCUCCUAUGUACCGUGGGGGCCAUAUUUCACAUUUGUUUUAAAUAAAAACUAAAAACAGAUUGGGAAACUGUGUUGUACAGGGAAAAAACUUUGGCACUGUGGAAGACCUAGCAACAAGGUUAGGCAUGCUAGAAGGUGUCCUGGUCCAUAUUAGACUUCAUCAAAACUGAAACCAUUGGAAAUGGAAAGGAACAAGAAGGAGUAAACAUUGGCGGCCCAAUAAGAAUAUAUAUAAAUUGUUUAGAAUUCUGCAAGCUUGAGCAGAAUUGUCUUAGUAGCACCAAAAGCAAUGCAUGUCCAGUUAUCCAAUCUCAAUUUCUCCUAUCACUUAGUAGUGAUGUUGUUAUCUAUUUUCUUCCUCUUGAUUAUCCCAUAUGCUUCCUCUUUGUCCUUUAACUUCCCUAGUUUUGAUCCUAAUGACAACAGAAUAAUAUAUAACAGAUCAGCAAACGCUGUAGCACCAAAUAUCCAACUCACAACAAACCAAGCUGACAAGGGCAUGAAUGGAAGCAUUGGUAGAGCCACUUAUUACCAACCUAUGCACCUGUGGGACAAAGCCACUGGAACUCUCACAGAUUUCAGUACCAAUUUCUCUUUUGUCAUAAACUCACGAGGUCAAAGUGUAUAUGGAGAUGGAAUUGCAUUCUUCCUUGCCCCUGCUGGUUCAAUGGUUCCUAAUUCCACAUUAGGAGGUACUAUGGGUCUGACACUUGAUAACCAAAUAUUGAACUCCACAGACAAUCCAUUUGUUGCUGUGGAGUUUGAUAUCUUUGGGAAUGACUGGGAUCCACCCGGUGAACAUGUUGGAAUCGACAUCAACUCUUUGAGAUCUGUUGCUAAUGCCACAUGGUUGGCUGAUAUCAAGGGAGGGAAAGUCAACCAGGCUUUGAUCAGUUACAACUCCACUUCAUUAAAUUUAAGCGUUGCGUUCACAGGUUUUAAAAAUGGUACCGCUCUGGUACAUCAUCUAUCUGUCAUAGUUGAUCUGAAACUUUAUUUACCAGAAUUUGUUACUGUUGGCUUCUCAGCUGCCACGGGAAAUUUAACUGCUAUACAUACUCUCAAUUCAUGGGAUUUUAACUCAACCUCCAUUAUAGCUCCCAGUCAGAAGAAAAAGGACAAGAAAGCCUUGGCAGUGGGAUUGGGAGUUGGUGGAUUUGUUUUGAUUGCUGGGUUGGGGUUGAUUUCAAUUCGCUUGUGGAAGAAAACAAGUGAAGAGGAGGAUCAUGAUUUUGAAGAGUAUAUAGAUGAGGAUUUUGAAAGGGGGGCAGGACCCCAGAAGUAUUCAUAUGCUGAAUUAGCACAAGCAGCUAACGGUUUCAAAGAUGAGCACAAGCUAGGACAGGGAGGAUUUGGAGGUGUUUAUAAGGGUUACCUUAAAGACCUAAAGUCUCAUGUAGCCAUUAAGAAGGUAUCAGAAGGCUCUGAUCAAGGGAUAAAGGAGUUUGCAUCAGAAGUAAGAAUUAUUAGCCGGUUAAGGCAUCGAAAUCUUGUGAACUUGAUUGGUUGGUGUCAUGCAGGGAAAAAGCUCUUGCUUGUGUAUGAGUACAUGUCAAAUGGAAGCUUGGAUAUUCAUCUUUUCAAGAAGCAAAGCAUUUUGCAAUGGGCGGUGAGGUAUAACAUAGCUCGAGGAUUGGCCUCAGCAUUGCUAUAUUUGCACGAAGAAUGGGAACAAUGUGUAGUGCAUAGAGACAUAAAGCCAAGCAACAUUAUGCUGGAUUCAGAGUUUAACGCCAAACUUGGGGAUUUUGGUUUAGCAAGGUUUGUGGACCAUGCAAAAAGUGCACAAACUACAGCUUUAGCUGGGACUAUGGGCUACAUGGCUCCUGAAUGUACUUUGGGCUACAGGCCGGCUAGUAAGGAAUCAGAUGUCUACAGUUUUGGAGUUGUUGCUUUAGAGAUAGCUUGUGGAAGAAAACCCAUAAACCAUAGGGCUCAAGAAAAUGAAAUAAGUAUUGUGCAGUGGGUGUGGGGACUCUAUGGAGAAGGGAGAAUUCUUGAAGCAGCAGAUCAAAGACUAGAAGGGAAAUUUGAGGAGGAGCAAAUAAAAUGCUUGAUGAUUGUUGGUCUUUGGUGUGCUCACCCUGACCAUAGUAAUAGACCUUCAAUAAGGCAAGCAAUUCAAGUGCUUAACUUUGAAGCUCCCUUGCCUAAUCUUCCAUCAAGUUUGCCUGUUCCAACAUAUCUUGAGCACCCACUGCACUCAUCCAUAUUACCAUUCAGCAUAAAUGCCUCAGAGGAAGGUCAAAGCCAGAUCACAGGCUGCAGUUCAAACACAAAUUCCUCCGGAUUCACCACAACUUCUGAUGAUGCUUCUCCCUCUGUGUCGCUUAUGUACUCACGGCGAAAUUGAUUAUAUCUUGCUUCUUUCCUUGUUACUUAUGAAUAUAUAUAAUUACUUCUUUUUCUAUACAUUGUAUUAAUUAUAUUUCUGUGAAGCCAGAUUUUGUCAUCUGUAUAUUUUUUUUUUCAUGUAAUGCUUACAGUUAUUUUAUUUUAAUUAA